GAAAAAAAAAAUAUUGAAACUCGUAUAGAUAAAAAUUUCAUCAAUAUUGUUUUAAUACCUUUAAUACAUAUAUAUAGAGGUAUUUACAUACCUGUCUAUAACAUACACAUAUUUAUAUACAUAAAAACAUAAUUCAAUAAAAGGCUUUAUAUUUUAUCAUUUAAGAUAAAACAAAAGUUCUUAGAUAACAUACAAAAUAUAAAAGCAAUUCAUUAACAAUGGUGACUGCAAUAUUGCAGAAAUUGUGUAUUUACAUUGUAACAUGGAAUGUAAGCACAAAAUCACCCGAUAAUAUAUCAUUAUCAAAUUUAUUAGGACUUGGUAAUAAUCCAGAUGCUGAUCAACAUCAUCCAGAUUUAUAUGCAAUCGGUUUACAAGAAGUUAAUUCAGAUCCACAAGCCCAAGUAUUAGGCUUAUUUAAAGAUGAUCCAUGGACAUAUAAGUUAAAACAAUUAUUAAAAGAUCGUGAUUAUGUAGCUGUGAAAACUGAGCAAAUGCAGGGUAUUUUAUUAAUAUUAUUCGCUAAACGUAAACAUCUUUUACAUAUGAGAGAUAUUGAAGCUGAAUUUACAAGAACUGGUUUCGGUGGACUAUGGGGAAAUAAAGGCGGUGUUAGUAUAAGACUUACAUUAUAUGGCUGUGGUGUAGCAUUUGUAAAUUCACAUUUGGCUGCACAUGAUCAUGAAUUAGAUGAAAGGGUCAAUGAUUAUAAGCAAAUAUUAGAUAAUCAUCAUUACCAUGUUAAACGAUAUCGUGAAAUUUACGAUCAUGACUAUGUCUUCUGGUUUGGGGAUCUUAAUUUUAGACUUCACUACGAGGAUAAUACAACACCAGAACAAGUUCGAAGUAUGAUUGAACAUGAUCGUUUAAAAGAAUUAUUACAAAAGGAUCAAUUAAAUUUAGUACGUGAUACUGGAAAAGCAUUUUAUCAGUUACAAGAAAGAGAACCAUCAUUUCCACCCACAUUUAAAUUUGAACAAGGAACAUCAAAUUAUAAUUUAAAGAGGCGUCCAGCAUGGACAGAUAGAAUUUUAUGGCGAGUACAAAAUGAUAGUUAUACAACUGUUUUAUUAGAAGUUGAACAAAAAUCAUAUAAAAGUCAUCCAGGAUACAAUAUUAGUGAUCACAAACCUGUUACUAGCGAAUUUAAUAUUAAGGUAUUUGAAAGUCCAGUCGAAUAUACAAUUGAAUUCGCAAACAUUCCGAUUUGGCAAGUUGGUGAUGAAAAUAAAAUUGUUUAUACAGUACCAGAAGGAUUUACUGAAGAAAGUGGUGAUUGGAUUGGAAUUUAUUUAGAAAAUUUUGCUAGCUUAAGUGAAUAUAUUGCUUAUGAAUAUACAAAUCAAGCUGGUACUAAAAAAACUGUUGAAAAUCAUCCAAAUCGAAAGGAGAUACGUAUUGAAUUUGGUGAAAAUAUUGAUUUAGAUGAAGGUAGAACAUAUGUGUUAGUGUAUUUUUCAAAUACCGGUAUACGUGGUGUAUCAAGUAUAGCUGGUAUUAGUAAUGCAUUUAGAGCAGAAAAGAGGCCAGCAUCACCAAGAUUUGAACAAGUUGAUUAAAUAUACCAUUAAUAUUUAAAAUUUGUCACAAAACUAUUUUUGUGUAUGUGAUAAGAUAUUUUGGUUUUUUAACCAAAAAAAAUAUUCAAUAGACAAAAAUUUUAAUAUUUUUUUUUUAUAUAUGUAAAUAUUGUGGUAUAUAUUGUAAACAAUAUUAUAUAUUAUACAAAAUUAUAAUAAUAUACUUAAGUAUAUAAAACAAUUUUUGAGAGAUACAAUUAGAAAAUAUUAAAAAAAAAUUCAAUUAAAGAAUGUACACGCUUUAUUAGAUUUAAAUUAUAAAAUCGAUUCAAAUAUACAUACAAUACAUAUUUAUUGAUCGAUUUUUAGAACAAAAUAUUCUUGUAGACUAAAAAUUAUUCCUGACAGCUUGCGCUUUUAUUAAUUGAUAAUUUUUAGAACUUUUUUUUUUUAAUUUUGUGUUUUUUUUUAAAUUUUAGAGAAAGUUUUGUUUUUCUUUUCAACUUUAUAAAAUGUUAAAAACUUUUUGUUUGUUUAUUUUUCAAAAUUUUUGUUAAAGAAAAUUGAAAAACAUUAUUACAUACUAUACAAUUUUUAUAUUGCUAAUUCAUAAAUA